AUGGACCCAAACUGGUGUCAGGGCUUCCCUCAUGACGCUGCGCUAAUCAAACUCCUCGAGUUUAGCAAUUCUACGCCCGAACCUAUAGUACACGAUGCCUACGGUCUAGACAAGACCUAUGCCGAGGUGUUGGGAGAUAUCCUGGAAACUCGGGAUAGAAUUCGCAAAGCCGUUUCGGCGUCGAGUCUCGACAACUGCGGCAUGCUCCGUGAAGCUGCACCGUACACAGGAUUCCUUGGACUGUCUGGAUACGAAUUUAUUGUUGCUUUCUUUGCCACGCGAGCCCUAGGCGGCGCAUGCAUGCCUUUUGGAGCCGGGAUCUUACCACAAGAAGCGCACUCAUUCCUCGUUGGAUCAGAGGCGUGCGUAUUGCUUCUCGGCAAGGAUAGAUUAGCCCAGGGACAACAAACCAAGGAGUACAGCCAACAGCACGACUAUAACUUCGAGCUCGUUCGCAUAUCAACUGAUGCGCCGCCCGCCGCAAGCAACUCCAUCACCGUCGACCACUCCAUAAAGUUAGAUGACGGCGGCCCAGGUUUCGUCAUCUUCACUUCAGGAACCACCGGUCCGCCAAAGGGGGUGGUCCUCCCGCGAAGAUGGCUUUCAUUCGAAGGCACAGUCGAGCCGGGAAUCGCGACCAUCAGCGAACGCCCGCCUCACUGGAUAGGAGGAGCCUAUCCAAUGCUGGAAAGCCUACUGAUCGGUCGUCGCGUGUACAUUCUCAAGUCCGGGGCCACGGCUUCGGAUAUAUGGGAUGCCUUUAGAAACCACAAAAUUGACCACAUGUCUUUCACUCCUGGCAUUUUCCGGCACAUGAAACAGGACUACCAGGAUAGAAUCUGCAAGUUUCCACAAGAUGAACAGAGACUGUACGUAGAAGGAAUUCGAAAUUUAAAGACUUCGUGGCAGGGAGGCGGUAUGCCCUCCGUCUCGAUGCUGGAAUUCUGGAGAAAUCUCAUUGGGAAACCUAUCGCGAUGAGAUACGGAUCUACAGAGCUUGGUGGAUUGGUAACAGGACAUGAUGGACUUUCAAAGAUAAAGUACUCUAUUGGAACUCCUUUGCCAGGCAUUGAUCUCAAGCUAUCCAAUGGAGACAGCGGCGCGAUCCUUGUCAAGAGCUCCAAGAUGAUGACCCACUACAUCGGGGACGAAAACGGUACCAAAAAGGCCUUCGACAGCGAGGGAUACCUGGAAUCCGGGGACACUGGCCACAUGCAAGACGGCGAGCUGAUCUAUGAUGGGCGAGCUUCCAACGAAUACAUAUUCUUUGACGGUUAUCGAAUCCCCAUAUUGGCCCUCGAACACGCACUGGACGACCUCCCCUAUAUAUCAGAAGGCUACAUCGUCGCGGUGCCGGACCACGAGGCCAACGAGCUCUGUGGAGCGCUUGUUCGCGUACAAAACACCAGCAAUGACGAAAAGGUCACCUUGGCAAGGAUACGGUCUGAUCUCUCCGAAAAUCACGCCACGUAUACGCUGCCAGUGGUGCUGCGCAUUCUGAGCGACGACGAGCAGGUGCCGUUCACCGUAUCCCAGAAGCCCUUGAGGAAGCAGGCCGCAAAGAAAUUCUUCCUGGUAGAGGACUACUGGUCCAUUGAGAGCCCGACGCCAGGCGUCGAAUAUUGGAAUAACAAGAUUGAGAACAGACAACACACCGGGAGGACUUGGGAUUGGGCCGGACUGCAGCGGUGA